AUAUAUUGCAACGGAACAUGGGAUACAUGGCUGUGUUGGCCACCAACAAAAGGUGGUAUGAAAGUGAAAUUACCAUGUCCAGACCGUCCUGGGCUCAUUCCAACAAAUUUUGCCCAUCGGACAUGUGGACCAAUGGGAAAGUGGGAGGGAAGAACGAAAAAUGAUUACAGCAUGGAAAAUGGUUAUUCCAAUUAUAUGGAUUGUUAUACAGAAGAGGCUAAAGAAAUAUAUUAUAAAUAUUUUGCCAACAAAUCCGACGCACAGAAGCAGUUACUGUAUGAUAUAGUUAGCAGUACCAGAACUUUAGAAAUAUGUGGUUUAGCUUUAUCUAUGGUGACAACAUUUAUAUCUUUAAUUAUAUUUAUGUACUUUAGGCAAUGUAAUCGAACGAGGAUUCAUAAGAAUCUAUUUGUGUCUAUAUUGGUUCAGGUUUUGAUUGAAUUGAUCCAGUAUGUCGAUCAGGAAAUUGCACGAUCCAGUCUUGGUGAAAAUGAUGAUAAUUCUAUAUCUAACACACCAGUAUUCUGUGAAGUAGUGUACGCUUUAAUAGAAUAUACCAAAACAGUCAAAUUUAUGUGGAUGUUUAUAGAAGGAUUUUAUUUACAUAAUUUAAUAGUAGUCUCAGUUUUUACUGGUAGACCAUCCUAUCCAUUAUAUUAUUUUUUAGGAUGGGGAGUUCCCAUGGUAUUAACAAUAGCCUGGUAUAUUCAUUAUGUUCUGUUUUUUUUUUCUAUUUAUAGAUGUUGGUACGCCUAUUAUAAUAUGCCAAUAAUUUGGAUUAUAGAAGCUCCACGUGUAGCAGUUAUCCUGGUGAAUAUGUUAUUUUUAUUAAAUAUUAUACGUGUAUUAAUUUUAAAACUGAGAGAAAGUCAUACCAAUGAAGCAAACCGAGUGAGAAAAGCGGUAAAAGCAGCCAUAGUUCUUCUACCAUUAUUAGGAAUAACAAAUUUUGUUGUCAUGAUCGACCCUGAUACAGAAGAUCUAGUAAGCUUUGGUGCCUGGGCCUUCAUUUCACAUUUUUUAAUAUCAUUUGAAGGCUUUUUCAUUUCAUUAAUUUACUGCUUUUUAAACGGAGAGGUAAGCAUUAUUUUUCAUUAUUGGUAG